GGGCCGGGCUUCAGGGCCCCGAGGCUGUGGUUGUGUACCCAGGGACCGGUGAGCACCAGGCUCCAGUCCGUCCACCUGCUGGGCCCUUGGCAGGGCAUUUCCGGCCGGACACCCGAGUGGUGUGCCUUGCCCGGUGUCCGUGAGGACCAGACGGACCGCGGAAGCCCACUACGCCCCUCUCCCUCCCUCCUGCUCUCCGAGGGCACUGGGGGAUGGGACCGACCCAGGUUGCUGGCCCAGGGGCAGAGCCCCCAUCCGAAUCCAGAUCCAGCCCUUGGUUGGCUGUGGCUCCCAUGUCUUUCCCGGGGCCCUGGGCAUCGUCUGCUGCUGGACUCCUGCCCUCCUCAACCCUGUGGUGGGAGACAUUUGGCCUCGGGGUGGGCGGGUGGUAGCAGAUCUUGGCAUCCUCUCUUCCCUGCCCUAGAUUACCAGAGGAGGCUUCUGGAGGAGCCCCUGCGGCACUCCGACUUCUUCAAGGUUAAGGAGCUGUUUUCUUUGAAAAGCCUCUUCGAUGCCCGUGUGCACCUGGGACAUAAAGCCGGCUGUCGGCACAGGUUUAUGGAGCCGUACAUCUUCGGGAGCCGCCUGGAGCAGGACAUCAUCGACCUUGAGCAGACCGCCUUGCACCUCCAGCUGGCCUUGAACUUCACCGCCCACGUGGCCUACCGCAAGGGCAUCAUUCUGUUUGUGAGCCGUAACCGGCAGUUCUCAUACCUGAUCGAGAACAUGGCCCGGGACUGUGGCGAGUACGCGCACACUCGCUACUUCAAGGGGGGCCUGCUGACCAAUGCCCCGCUGCUCUUUGGCCCCACUGUCUGCCUGCCCGACCUCAUCGUCUUCUUGCACACGCUCAACAAUGUCUUCGAGCCACAUGUGGCUAUAAGAGACGCGGCCAAGAUGAACAUCCCCACGGUGGGUGUCGUGGAUACCAACUGCAACCCCUGCCUCAUCACCUACCCCAUCCCUGGCAACGACGACUCUCCGUCAUCUGUGCACCUCUUCUGCAGACUCUUCCGGGCCACCGUCAUCCGGGCCAAGGAGAAGCGCAAGCAGAUGGAGGCCCUGCUUCGGCUGCAGGACCCAAAGGGGGCCGAGGGGCCGCAAGAUCCCCUUCCCAGGCAGCCGUGAGCUGUUCCUGCUCCCCUGCAAGGCAGCCAAGCCAGCCUGUCCUUUGCCCAGUCCGGGCCCCGUCAGCACCCUCACUCCUUAGAGGCAUCGGGGAUUUUGCUGUAAGGACAGCACUCAGCCCGUUGGCAGGGUACAGCCAUGCUGGGGCCGAGCAGCUGGGGGCUCCUCUGCAUCUUCUCCAUGGCGGUCCGGCACGGAAGCAAACUCGCUGGCUGCAGUUGGGAUUUGAACCCUGUACCUCAAUUGCUGGAGGAGGUGUUUCUCCUCACUUUAGGGCUGGGGUGGAGCUCGGUGGUAGAGCACUGUGCCCCCCACCAAGAGUCCUUUAAAAAUCUCUCACCCUCAGAAGCCCUCGCUUCUGCCUUGACAUUGGAGCUUUGUUUGGAAGGGUCAGCUGCCAGCUCUUUUCUUUUCAACCAAGACGCCCUUGCUGUGCUUCUGCAGCGGCCCGAUGUGGGGGCUGUUGUAUGACAGCAGCAGGAGCCACAGGACAGCUGCCCGCUGGGGUGGGGCAGGCCGGCAGGACAGGUGACAGAACCGCAGCAGAAAUAAAACUUGACCUGGGU